AUGAACGGUGUUAGAAAUCUUUCGGAAUCGGAUUCGGAAAUCUACGGACUUGCUCCUUCAACUACCCUUAAUCACGACUUUUUCCAUCGGAGCCACAAUUCAGGCCACGAUACUGCCACUAUUUACUGCGGCAACGAUGAGCCAGAUGGAUGCUCCACCGCGGAAGAGACGAUUAUUGUGGUGAAAGAUUCGAAAAACGGGGAGGUCCGCUCUAUUCGAGAUCGAUCCAUGCACCGAGAAUAUAAGAAAAUUCAUCAUCAACUGCACACUGGCUUCGAGAAUGGCCCAGGACAUCAGAUGAAGCCUUCGCAUACGAAACCAAUGUCGACGGAAGAUCACAACAGCCGCCCAUUUAUCCUCAACUUUGCCGGAUGCCAUGCUGGCUCUCCUACGAUCGAUUCGAUGUCCGACUCGGAUGGAGACGAUUCUUUCUCGCCAGCCAGUUCAAAGACACCGGAAAUGAUCGUCGAAGAAGAUCACAUCGAGCUCGAGGAUUUUCCAGAAGUCCUUGAUGAAUUUGAGAACUCGCGCCAAAGAGCUCCUAGUCCUCCUAAAUCUCCCCCAGCCACGCCAGAUGUCGAAAUGGAAAAUCUUAAUGAGGAUUCAAAUUCGACUACUUUCGACGAAGCGCUUCAAAACUUUCCAGCAACUCAUAAUCGUACUCGCCAACGGAAAGCUGCGUUUCGAAAAAAGGAAACCAUCACUCAAUUCCAAUCUCGUGAGGCUCGUCUGGAAGAAGCAUUAAAAGCCAGACAAAGAAUUCUCGAAGAUAGUCAGUGCAUCUCUGAAGGUGCGGUUAAUCCGCUGACUAAGAGUCUACUCGUCCUUUCUGGCGACAGACACGGGCCUUUUGUGGGACGACCAAACAUAAUCCGUCCUUCACCCUCACUUUAUCCUGUUGACCAAGAUGCGCGAGUUGAGCUACGGAAAUGGACUGUGCCUUCCUUAUCAGAUCUCAACGUGAAUCUUCGCGUCCCACCAACUACCCUCCAAAUCUCCGUGUUGGACAUCGAGCCCGCCCAAUUCGCCGCCGAUUUCUCGGAAAAGGAACACGAGACCCCAUCGUCAUCUCGUUCCCGAGUCGCUCCUGUUGCCGGAGAAAUGAGCCGGGCUGAUAUUCGAAGGCGAACGGAGGAAGCGAUUAGGAGAAACGAGGAAAGAAAAAUUGAAAAAGAAAUGCGUCUUCAAGCAAGAAGGGAUAAAAAAGCGGGUCUAACGCCCAAACCAGUCAAGAAAAGAAACAUCCCAUCUGAACCGUCUCCAAGCCAUUUGCCUCAUGAAACGAAUCCAUCGACUUCAGAUGUUUUUGCGACGCCGUCAGCCCCACGUGCAAGGGGGAAAAAGAAAAGAAAAGGCCGACCCAAACGACUGGAAUUCGCCAAAACAGCCGCUGCACAGUCGGUCGAGUCCCCCAGAAAGCAUCCUAAAAUAUCAUCUACAUAUGAGACGAGGAUGGUCGAUGAUCUGGAGGACGAGCUGGCCCUGGCGUUGCGGAAAAAUGACAUUCGUUCAGAAGAUAUUUCCGACAGCUUGCGCCGCUUUUCGAAUCCGCGAAGAUCGAGUUCGCCAGUGGAUGAGAUUUUCCCAGAAGCCAGCUUGGAUUCAGACGAUGAUGAUUCUAACCCUCGCAACUCUAUUCCAGGAGAAGUUAACUACGAUACAGUCGUUUUCAACUCGAUACUCGAUCAUGUCCGUACUAACAAACUCUCGCCCUCUAAACCUCGAUCGCGGAAAAGAUCCUCGAAAAAGAGAAACAAUUCCAGUUGCGCCAGUUCCAGCUCCAGUAGUACCACUGUUCAAACUAAAGAAACUCAAUCAAAUAAAGACCUGUCAGUAACUGCAUCGGACUCUUCUCUCUCCCAACAUCAGUGGGGCUUUGUAGCGAAGGAAAAUGUGAUCAGUCAAGAUAUUUUGGAGGACAGUUGGAGGAUGUUCACGAAGCAGGUGAACUUCAAGCCCAUAGAUGCAAAAACCACAAGCGGAUCGCCGCUGAAAAAUCAGACUAAGCUCAGAAGACUUUCAAAAGAAGCUGAUGCCGAUGCUUUCGACCAAAAAGUCCCUGACCGUGCAGCCGUCCUCCCAUCCAGCUCUAAAAUGAGUUGUCCCGCCUCGAAAUCCCCACCCGCCGACAUUCAAUUGCCCGAUAGUUCAAAAAUUCUGCCAACCGGCAUGCCACCUCGUCGGAGUUCACUUCGCUCAAAAUCCAACAGCUAG